AUGUCUUCUUCUAAAGUUCAACAAGUCGCCUCAAAGUCUUCCCUUGUCUCCAGCAUCCUCUCCAAGGAAAACUUCAAGUACCUCUUCACUACCCAUUUCUGGGGUCCGGUCUCCAACUUUGGUAUCCCUCUUGCUGCCAUUGCUGAUUUGAAGAAAGAUCCUGAAAUGAUCAGUGGUCCAAUGACCGGUUCAUUGAUUGUUUACAGUGCCGUAUUUAUGAAAUACUCCGUAGCAAUCCAACCAAAGAACUAUUUGUUAUUUGCUUGUCAUGCAAUUAAUGAAGCUGCCCAAUUAGGUCAAGGUUACAGAUGGUUGGACCACCACUACUUGUCUAAGAAGGAAUAG